AUGAAUCAAUCGAUGACUUUACGUGAUCCAAUCUUUCUUUUGGGUGAAACGAGUGACACGAUUAGCGGUCAUAAAUUACCAACGAAUAAACAAGUCUUGAAAUUAUUAUAUUGGCAUACCAGACAACAAAAAAAAAACAUUUGCAGCCAGUUGAUAGUGGGACCGCAGAUUUUUUACAAGAUCAAAGGACAGAAAGAAAAAACACCUGUUUUUGAGGAAGAUAUUGAUUUCACUACAUUUCAAUCUAUUGAUAAAACUCCAUCAACAUCUGAUAAUGUCGAAUCAACACUUUUGGAUCAACAUCACAUAACUUUACCGGAGCUCCCAUUAAGUGGAGAAACAUCGAUGUCAAUGUCUCAGCAAAGCGCAGCUUCAAUGUUUGAAGCACAGGGGCGAAAUUAUGAAACGAAACGUGAGAGAGGGACAAUAAAUAUUCUGACGGAACAUGUUGUUGCUACUCUCGACAACUGUAAGAUUUCUUAUAGAAAUUCCUUUACAAUAAUAUUAGCUGUCGCGAUGGCCCUAGGAGUAGACUCUGAUAGUUUGAUUCUCAACAAGACUUCGUUUAAUGAACGUAGGUCGAAAAUUCGGAAGGACGCGGCUGAACGGAUGAAGAAGUUAUUCGGUGACACUGAAGUUGGAGUUGCGGUGGUUCACUGGGAUGGAAAAUUAAUACCUGAUGGACUAUCUUGUAAAAAGGUUGACCGCGUGCCUAUAAUAAUUCGAAGCAAGACUGUUGAAAAAAUAUUAAACGUACCGGCAUUACCGGAUGGAAAAGGAGUUACUCAGGCUCAGGAAAUGUUUAAGAGUGUUCAAGAAUGGGGAUUAUCUGACAAUAUUCAAGCACUUUGUUGCGACACAACUGCUUCAAAUCUUGGUUGUCGCAACGAGGCGGCUAUUAAUUUGGACCAACUGUUACAAAAAGAUCUUCUGUAUUUACCUUGUAGACAUCAUAUCUACGAAUUGGUCUUAAAUUGUGUUUUUUUUUACCAAAAUUCCGGGAACAGAUGGGCCAAACGUUGCUCUAUUUAA